AUUGUUUCAACCGAAUAAAAUUACCGAACGGACCGUCACUCACGUUAAGGGUCAAAUAUUUUGAGGAUGUUCUGGUAGUGUCGUUGAAAUGUCAAGUUUCUCCAGAUCUGCCCAGCAAUGGGCAACCUUUGCCCGCUCCUGGUUCUUAAUUGAUGCCCGGAUGCAGCCUCCAGGGAAGAUCGCAAGCAUGUGUUCUGUUAGGUUACAGGGGAAACACAAACCUAUCUACCAUUCGAUGAGUGACUGUGGUGACCAUGUAGUAAUAAUAAACACCAAACACAUAGCUUUCUCUGGGAACAAAUGGGAGCAGAAAGUCUACUCAUCACACACUGGGUAUCCAGGUGGAUUCAAACAAGUCACAGCUGCCCAGCUGCAUCAAAAAGACCCAAAAGCUAUUGUGAAGCUGGCAAUUUACGGCAUGCUGCCUAAGAAUCUACACCGGCGCACCAUGAUGCAGCGAUUACAUAUCUUUGCUGAUGACGAGCUGCCAGAGGACAUCCGAGUCAACCUGACGGAGGAGCUGCCUCAGCCCAGAGAGAUCCCCAGGAAACUCAGCGAGUACACCCAGGAGGAGAUAGACGCCUUCCCCAGGCUGUGGACACCGCCUGAGGACUACAAGAUGGAAUGAAAUCAAGGCUGCCUGAUGUGAGCAAAACUGAAGAUUUUCCCACUGAUGCUACGCUGACAGCAAUGGUUUAAUCACAUCUACUUGUAGUUAUGAUACAUGACAUAAGUAUUAUAAAAGCCAGUGGCCAGAUUUCCUCUGUCCAAAAACUGAUUUCCUCUGUCCAGAUGAAACAUUACAAAAACAAAAUAUUGUGUGCUUCUGGGUAAGUCCCGAGAAAAAUCAGAUUUUGUGGGUUUUUCUCCAAUUAUACAACCAUGAAAUGAUCAGAUCUCACCCAUACAAAAAAUUAGAUUUGUUAGAGCUGAUCCUGCCUGUGAAGGUUUGUGGGUUUACAGCAAAACCAAUUCAUGUGUUACCAUGACAACAUUCAGGUCAUCAGUGCAGUUUCAGCAGAAAAUGUUAACUUUGGUCAGGAAAUCUUGAGCUUUGUCUGCCUGUCAGUGUGCUAGAAAUUUCCAUUUUGUUCUCUCAUAGAAAUACAUUCUUUUUAUUUGAAUUGUGAAAUAGGCUAAUAAACAAUUUAAUCAA